CGUGGGGGGGCAGCCCGGGCCGGACCCGGAUUCCGAGCGAGCCGCAGCGGACGCCGCCUGUCGAUCCUUUCCGGGGCGCCCGGACCCUGCCGGGACACCCGAAGCGGCUGUCGAAACCGCGAGGCCGGCCGGGAGGGGUCGGGCCGGGGCCGGGGUCUGUCUGAUGGCGUCUUCAGCGCUGGAGCCCCCCACCCCCGACGUCGGGCCGCGCUCCCGCCGGUUGUCAGCAUCCUCUUUCCCUUCUCGCUGCCCCAACCCAGCGAUCGUGCGAGUCGCUCGCUCCAACUUUGAGGUCGUCCCGACAAUCUGCCCGCAAAGGCCGACUAAUUACGGGCUUUUCUCCCUGACGCCUGCGGAUGGGAUGGGGGCGAGCCCUGCCGCACGACUGUCAGAAGUUUUGGAGAAUGUGCGCCUUGACUUGCUCACAGGGGUUGGGAAUAUCGGGCUUCCUCGAGGUGUGCUAGGAAAGAUUUUUGUUGUUGUUGGUUUGUUUUGUUUUGUAGUGAAAGGAUACAUUUUUGAAACCUUAGGGAUAGGCUUGAUUUUAAGAAAUUAAAUUGAGACGUGACUAGAGUUCUGAGCUAAGAGUGGAUGUGUAAAACGAAGGCAUCGGUGAUUUGCAUUACAUAAGGGACUGGGUAGUUCCAAGGUGAUCGGAUACUUAGAGUAAUUGCAAUGUCUCAGGCGGUGCAGACCAAUGGAACGCAGCCAUUAAGCAAAACAUGGGAACUCAGUUUGUAUGAAUUACAACGAACACCUCAGGAGGCAAUAACAGAUGGCUUGGAAAUUGUGGUUUCACCUCGAAGUCUACACAGUGAAUUAAUGUGUCCAAUUUGUUUGGAUAUGUUGAAAAAUACCAUGACUACAAAGGAGUGUCUACAUCGCUUCUGUGCGGACUGCAUCAUCACAGCCCUCAGAAGUGGCAAUAAAGAAUGUCCUACCUGUCGGAAAAAGCUGGUUUCCAAAAGAUCACUGAGACCAGAUCCAAACUUUGAUGCACUCAUCAGCAAAAUCUAUCCAAGUCGUGAUGAGUAUGAAGCUCAUCAAGAACGAGUACUAGCCAGGAUCAACAAGCACAACAACCAGCAAGCACUCAGCCAUAGCAUUGAGGAGGGGCUGAAGAUACAGGCCAUGAACAGAUUACAGCGAGGCAAGAAGCAACAGAUUGAAAAUGGUAGUGGUGCAGAAGAUAAUGGUGACAGUUCGCACUGCAGUAAUGCAUCCACACACAGCAAUCAGGAAGCAGGACCUAGUAACAAACGAACCAAAACAUCUGAUGAUUCUGGGCUUGAGCUUGAUAAUAAUAAUGCAACAGUGGCGAUAGAUCCAGUAAUGGAUGGUGCUAGUGAAAUUGAAUUAGUAUUCAGGCCUCAUCCCACACUUAUGGAAAAAGAUGACAGUGCACAGACAAGGUACAUAAAAACUUCAGGCAAUGCCACUGUUGAUCACUUAUCCAAGUAUCUGGCUGUGCGGUUAGCAUUAGAAGAACUUAGAAGCAAAGGAGAAUCAAACCAGAUGAACCUUGAUACAGCCAGUGAGAAGCAAUAUACCAUUUACAUUGCAACAGCAAGUGGCCAGUUCACUGUAUUAAAUGGAUCAUUUUCUUUGGAAUUGGUCAGUGAGAAAUACUGGAAAGUGAACAAACCCAUGGAACUUUAUUAUGCACCAACAAAGGAACACAAAUGAAAGCUUUUACUAAAACCAGUUCUGAGAAUGAACUUUUUUAUACCCUAUUUCUUUAAUAUUAAAGAUGUACUGUUAUUACUUUUACAGACAGAAUCUUGGCUAUGUUGUUCAGUUUUCUUUCUGAGCCAGACUUGUUUACACUAUUAGAACCUUUCCCCCUUAAUUUAAGUUUUCCUUUCUGGGACUGCAGUUAUUGAAACUUCCUCUUUUUUUAAAAAAUAUUAAGUUGUGUUUUUUUCACAAAAUGUGGUUCCAGUUGGAGCACCCUUUUGACCCAGGAAAUUUUCAUAGAUCUAUAUUCUGAAGUUAAGAUUCAGUUGGCCUUCCUUUUCCCUCUUCUAAGAACUUUUUUUUAGGCCUACAGAAUAUUAAUAUGUAUUUUGACUUUUUUUUUCCUGGAGUCUUGUAUAUUUAUAGUUUUCUAUAUAAGCUGUAGUAUCUUCAUGAAGACCAAGGCUGAAAUUUACUGUGCUUAAAAAACAAUUCUCAUAGGAUUAUUAUUUUCAUGGUAUUUUCUUCCAUAAUAUCUCAUUUUUAAGAAAAGUUCUUUAUGAACUUAGUGUCCAUUGUCAUGCAAUGUUACUUUUUCCCUUUUUUUUUUUUUUUGCCUCUAAUUUUGGAAUGUCUGACCCUGGGGAAGAAAACAAAUUCUUAAGUUCUCUGAGAACUUGGUCUAUUAACAAAUUCCACUGAGAAAAAGGUAAAAAAAAAAAUGGUCUUACAUAGUUUUAAGUGUAUAUUUAAAGAAGUCUUUUUUUUUUUUUUUUUUUUUUUUGGUAUCCUGUUGCUCUAGUUUUUCUUUUUUUGUUAAAAUAUCAGAGAUGGAGAUAUUUUGCACUUUAGCCUUGAUGAAAAGUACAAGAUAUGUUCAGAACUUCUCUCAUUCUAUUUUCGUUGGUAGCAAGUUUCCAGAAUAAUGCAGCAGAUAGACUUAACAUGGGGAGAGGGGGCUGCUUCUGUUUGAAGUGUGUUUAGCAUUUUGGGUGGCCAUAGCAGUUUAUAAAUUUGGUGCUCUGCUAAUUACAUUCUACAGAAGCAAUUUAAUGAAGUCUUGAGCCCUGCCUUGAUAUGUAGUGAAAGAUAAUUCUGUAGAAGAUCAGUCUGUUAAGUCAUUCUGUGCUUCUUAAUUUAAUAUUAAGGACAGUGUUGGGUAUUUGGACACCCAGAAGGCUUUGUGGUGACAGGUCAGAAAUAAGAUUGGCUUGCAUGUUAUUUCUCAUCCCUGUCCUGAUUCAAGUAUGUUUCCAAGUUGAUAUUAAUCACAGUAUUUACUAAGAUAUGUUUGUAUCAAGAAAUUAAGGGGUUUGCUUGGAGGAAGUAGUCCUCUAUUACCAUUGCAACUAAAGCCUGUCCAGGUAUUGUGAAUAUUUAUCUGUCAUUGUUGACAGAAUGGGGCCAGCUUGAUGUUUCAAAUCUUCAGCCCAGUAUGAAAACUUAAAGGCUUAUUCACUUUUUUACCAUUUUACUGAAAAUAUUUAAAAUAUUUCUACAGGGUUUUUUUGUUGUUGUUUUGGGGUAACCUGUGCCAUGAAAUUUGAAAGCCACCCAAAAAAAAAAAAAACCACAAGGGAAAUUUUGUAUCCGAUUCUUUUUUCUGGUGUAAUGUUAAGUUGUAUAGAUUACUAAUGCAUGUACACUGAAUAUAAUCCUGGUUUUGUGGUAUAACUGCUUCUUAGAUUUUAUUGGUGACAUUAGAUUAGUGGUUGUAUUAAAUAACUAAAUUCUCAUUGUGAUUACUGAUUGAAAUUUUGUCCUUACGCAAAAAAAUUAUUUGUGAACAUAAGCUUUGUGCUUAGAGACAUGUAUGUGUUUUCAUCUUGUCAGUAUGGGAGGAUAUAAAACUCUUUGCAUCAA